AUGCCGGCGUUCCUUCGCCACCUCCGCGCCGCGAGAAUCGCGCGCGAGGAGAAAAACACGCGACGCCUCCGCGCGGUCGUCCCGAGCGUCCGCGACGUCGACGACGCGAUCCGUCUCCUCGUCCGAUCCAACCGUCGUCGUCCCCAGGUCGCGUCGAUCGAUCGACCCCCAAGAGAAGUCUUCUGCAGCAACGAGAUCACGACGUCGCACUACACCGCGGCGAACUUCAUCUUCAAGAACCUGUACCAGCAGUUCCAGCGCGCGGCGAACGUGUACUUCCUCGUCAUCGGUUGCCUGCAGUUGGACGUUUUCUUCCCAGGGCUCUCGCCGACGCACUGGAGCACGACGAUCGGUCCUCUGGUCGUCGUCCUGACGAUCAACGCGGUGAAGGAGGCGUACGACGAUUACUUUCGGCACAAGUCCGACGACGCGGUCAACGCGAGCGUCGUGACCGUCGUGAAGCCGAGGAAGAGAGCGCACGGCGGCGGCGGCGGCGGCGGCGGCGGCGGCGAUUCGACGACGACGACGACGACGACGACGACGACGGAGGACGUCAGAUGGCGCGACCUCAAGGUCGGCGACGUCGUCCGCGUGAAGAACAACGCGGAGUUCCCCGCGGACAUCGUCCUGAUGCAAUCCUCAGACGCCACCGGCGUGUGCUACGUCGAGACCGCGAACUUGGACGGCGAGACGAACCUCAAGGUGAAAGCCUCCGCGGGCGUCGGCGUUGAGAGCGGGGAGGACGCGGACGCGCGCGAGGUUUUCGAAAAGCUUCGAGACGCGCGCGUGGAGUGCGAGGCGCCGAACAACCAGCUGUACAAGUUCGAAGGGAAGCUCGUCGGCGUCGCGGCGGGCGUCACCGAGAAGGUCGACGCGGCGGCAACGGCGGGGAUCGAACCGGCGGCGAACGACGACGACGACGACGACGACGACGCGUCGAAGGACGCCGUCGCCCCCGCGGACGUGCGCCGGGCCGACGGUUUCUCGCCAACGUUUUUCCCACGCGAGAUCCCUCUCGGCGUGGACAACGUGCUUCUCCGCGGGAGCACGCUCCGGAACACGACGUGGAUCCUCGGCGUCGUCGUCUUCACCGGGAAGGACAGCAAGCUCAUGAAGAACAUGACGCGGGCGCCGCACAAGGUGUCGCAGCUCGAGAGGCACAUGAACCUUCUCGUCGCGUCCAUCGGUUUGUUUCAAAUCGUGAUUUCCGCGACGCUCGCGGGGACGCAACAGAGAUGGUUUAAAGACGAGAUGGAACCGAAAACGCACGCCGGGGAUGCGUUUCGUCACUGGUACCUCGCGUCCACGAACGAGUGGCCCGACGUCGAAGGCGGCGUCGGCGCGGCGUUCACGCAGUUUAUUCGUUACGUCGUCCUCCUCAACGCGCUCAUUCCGAUUUCCUUGUACGUCACCUUGGAGCUCGUGAAGGUGAUUCAGUGCGGGUGGAUCCGAUGCGACCGGAAGCUGUACGAUCCGAUCUACGACGUUCGAUGCGGGGUCCGAACGACGACGCUGAACGAGGAGCUCGGGCAGUGCCAGUGCGUUCUGACCGACAAGACCGGGACGUUAACGCAGAACGUCAUGGCGUUCGUGAAGUGCAGCGUCGACGGCGUCGUGUACGCCGCGGAUGUCACCGCGAAGGGCGACUCAGCGGACGACUCAGCGGACGACUCGGACGACUCCGCCGCCGCCGCCGCGAAGAAAGACGCCUUCGUGCACUCGCUCGCGCGCUCGUCCCCGCUUCAGCGCGCCGCCUCGGAGAACGACCCUCGGGUCGUCGACUUCCUGACGCACCUCGCGGUGUGUCACACCGUCGUCCCCGCGGUCGCGACGGAGUCCAACCCGGGGUACGCCGGACGUUUAUACCAGGCGUCGUCCCCGGACGAGGAAGCGCUCGUCACGGGCGCCGCGGCGCUCGGGCGCCGGCUCGUUCGGAACGCGAACGACGAGAUCACCCUCGAGGUGCACGCCCCGGACCCGGACCCGGAUUCGAACGCCGCGAAGUCACUUAACGCGAACUCAAACGCCGCAUCGACGGAGACGUUUGAGAUUCUCGCGGUGAACGAGUUUUCCUCCGCGCGGAAGCGCAUGAGCGUCGUCGCUCGCGACGCGCGAGACGGCUCGCACGCGCUGUUCCUGAAGGGCGCGGACGCGGUCGUCCUCGAGCGUCUCUCGGAGUCGCACGACGCGGAGAUCCUCGACGCGACGAGGGCGCAUCUCGACGCGUUCGCGAGAGACGGCCUGCGCACGCUCGUGUUAUCCAAGCGCGCGCUCUCCAAGCCGGAAGUCGACGCGUGGCUGUCGACGUACCGAGACGCGUCCACGGCGCUGACGAAGCGCGAGGAGCUCCUAGAGCGAUGCGCGGACGCGAUCGAGCGCGACUGCGUCCUCGUGGGCGCGACCGCGGUGGAGGACAAGCUGCAGGACGGCGUCCCGGACGCGAUCGCGACGUUACGCGCCGCGGGGAUGCUCGUGUGGAUGCUCACCGGGGAUAAGGCGCGUCCCGGUUACGCACGCCGGUUCCCAUACAGUACGACCGCGUUUGCGCGGCGCGCGCUGUUCCUCGAGGACGGACUUUCUCUUCUCUCCCGGCGGCGCAUCUCUCCGCUCACCCCGCGCUGGUUUCAAUCCCGACGCGCCUCGACGCCUUUCGACUCCGCUUCUGACGUCUUUCAACGCCACCCCGACCUCGAGACGGCGGUGUCCAUCGCGAACACGUGUCGUCUGAUCGACAAGGACGGCGACCUGGUCGUCCUCCAGGAAUCCGACUUCUCGCCGUACUUCGACCAGGGGUUCCUGAAGCGCAAGGCGGCGGAGGCGGAGGAAGAUCGCGCGUGCGGCGGCGAGUUCGGGCUCGUCAUCGAGGGCGGCGCGCUGCAGUACGCGCUGCUCGACUCGCAACGCGACGCGUUUUUGGACUUGUGCCGCGCGUGCAACGGCGUCGUGUGCUGCCGCGUGUCGCCGGUGCAGAAAGCGCGCGUCACCGCGCUGAUGAAAGAUAAGGGCGGGAUGAUCACCCUUGGCGUCGGCGACGGCGCGAACGACGUCGGGAUGAUCAAAGCCGCGCACAUCGGCGUCGGCAUCUCCGGCCGCGAGGGCAGAGCCGCGGUGCUCGCGUCGGAUUUUUCAAUCGGGCAGUUCCGCUUCCUCGCGCGGCUGCUGCUCGUCCACGGGCGGUGGUCCGCGAAGCGCAACAAAGAGGUCGUGCUGUACGCCUUCUACAAGAACUUCGUGUACACGACCGCGAACGUGUGGUUCGGGUUCCUCUCCGCGUAUUCCGCGGCGCCAGUCUACUCCACCGCGGCUAUCGCGACGUUCAACGUCCUGUGGACGUCGCUCCCGACCAUCGCGCACGCGGUUUUCGACCAGGACGUCGCCGCGGACACGGUGAUGAAUAACCCGGAGCUGUACCGCGAGACGUCCAGGCUGCGCGGGCGAGACUUUUUGGUCUCCGCCGCGUUUUGGUCCGUCGGCGCGGCGUGGCACGCGCUGUGGUGUUACUUCGCGUGCGUCGCGAGUCUCGGCGCCGCCGCCGCGUCGACGCGCGACGGGAAGCCGUGGGACGUCCACGCGAUCGGUAUCGCCGCGUUCACCGCGGUCGUCCUCGUCGUGAACGGCAAGGUAGCGCUGCGCACGAACCACUGGACCAAGUACAACGUCGCGUUCGUGACCUUGAGCGUGGUGUUGUGGUUCCCGUUCGCCGUCGUGAUCUCCGACGCGGUGCGUUCUAUACACUGGUUCCCAUACGACCGCGUUGGCGCGGUGAACGCCGAUCCUUAA